CUGUUGGAUAAUAAGUGAAAUGUUAAAAAGAAUGAUGGGAUGUGUCAAACAUAUGAUUGUCUAGUCAAAACAGUUUGAUAUUGUGCUGUUGUGAUAUAUUCAGUUUGUGAUUAAAGAACACCCCGCCUCCCAGGAUCCAAAUCUCACUCCAUCGGUUGCUUUCUAAAUAUUUGGUGAUCUGUGACUCUUUAUCUGCCUGCCUAUUGCAACAAUACGAGUACAAUCUAGAGUACAUGCACUCAUGUGACGAGACUCUGACAGGUCACUAUCUCCAUCCCCCAAACUGUAAUGCAAAUCUUUAGUAAAUAUUGUUUGUCAUGCUAGAAGAAUCGAGCAUGUUGUUGUUGUUGUGCCAAAACGUUUUCCAAAAAAAAAAAGAAAAAAGCACCAAAUAUGUAUGUAAAAUAUAGAAAAAAAGGUGACAGAAAAUAUAAGCGUGAGAGAUAGGAAGUAUGGGACACCAGUGAGCUCGUUUGGCUUUUCUUUCUGCUCAAAAGCAACCCUCCUACACGCUCACACACAGAGUGACAGGACACCAUUUUACUUUUUAACAAGCUCAUGAAGAGAAACAUUAGAGGGACUCUUUUGUUUCUUUUCCGCCUUGUUCAAGGAAGCAGACUGUGAAAAAAACAUACAGGCAAAGAGAGGGAGAGAGAGAGAAACAGAGAGAGAGAGCAAGUAAGUAAGAAAGAGAGUGAGAGAGAGAGAGCUGGCACAGGCUGAGCCAGGCGCUGGCUGUGUGGACACGGAGGAGUGCAGAGCGAACAGAAACGACAGAGCAAGAGGAGGAGUGAAUGGAUGGAGUGACCCAGGAGGAGGAGAGGAAUGCUGAGCGAACAGACCGACAGAGCGCGAAAGGGAAGACGAGAGUGGCGUGGCAGCAACAGCAGAGCAAUUAAACAGUGGAAAGACAAGCAAAGGCUCACAUGCCGAGCAGCUUCUGUCGCUCGCUCACACUCUCUCUCUUUUGAGCAACUGAAGAGGCAGAAGUGAAGCAUCCAGACAACGACAAAGGACAAGAGGAGGCACACAAGAGGCAGGGGGAGGAGCAAGCAUGCUUUGAUUGACAGAGGAAAGAGGAGGGACAUGGACGCAAAUUGAAGAAUUUGAUUUUCUGGGAAUGGAUAUUUUUAGUGAAGAAAAAACAAAGGAGAAGAAGAUAAAGGAUGCCGUUUCAGUCUAAAAUAAGGAUGGAAAGGGGGAGGGGGAGAGAGAGAGUGAGAUGCUGAAUUCGGACCAUGUCAGAACAGAUUCCACAUCAACGGCAUUCAGUCCUCCUGCAGGCAAGAGUCAGUGUGUGUGCGUAUGUGUGUGUGCGUGUGUGAACUAGCACGAAGUACGAGCUUUGUAGCACCAGGCUUUUGCCCAUGUGCCCCCGUAGUUGAGGACAGAGACACAUAGAUAUGGGAAGGAAAAAAGUAAAUGAUGUAUCACUGUCAAAGCUAGAGAAAAAAAGGCAACAAGACAAGAUGAGUGUGAUCGUGGGGUUGUGAGGUCAGCUGUAGCUAGUUUUUGGGAAGCCCUCCCUUCAGGGACUUAGGAAAAGGAUCGCCCGAGACAGUCUAUUUCACCAACAGGUCAGCCUGCCUGGAGGCUCUCUCAAAACCUUAAUUCUUGUGACUCAGCUGGCGCUGCCUCCCACUAUCCAUCUCUUUUUCAUUAUUCUCGCUUACAAUCUGUCUUGAAUCUAUUGAAUCUCUUCUCUUAUUAAGAUCACUUCGCAUGUAACUGCCUCAAUGUUUCUGAUUCGCUUGCCUGAACUUCGGGAGAUUCUGGGAGAAGCUCAGAGGGAGAUUUCAGGCUGUCCCUAAAGCCAGACUGAGCACCCUGAUCAGAUGGACUGAGGGGGGAGUAAAAGAUAGAGCUAGAAAGAGAGAGCAACAAGGCAAAUAGCCUGGGGAUUUAGCCUGAGGGGUUAUAGAGAGUUGCCAGCGGGUAUGAAGACACAUACUGAAUUUUGGGUGCCUUAGGGAGCAGUGUGUUUGUGCAUGAAUGUGAUUAUUCAAUCAAGAAAUAAAGUUUGCAUACAUUUGACAGGAUAUUAAAGUGGAAUUUUAAGUAGAGCUGGGGUUGUAUGCUUCAAUUAUACUUUGAGGAGUCCUGCAGGUGCUACAAUCGUACAUGACUCGAUAGCUGGACUCUGAACAUUAGAUUUGUAUUCACAAAGUCAGUGUUGUGGCUCUAUCCGUGCUCCUGGAGCCCCAUGAGGGCCCCGGCCGUGGAGGCCUGGUUGGGAGAUGAAGCAGUCCGCCCUGCUGCUCUAGCAGCUUUGUGGGCCCUCAUGGCUCUGGAAGGCCGCUGUCUGCGCCCUGCCUCGCCCACGCCGGGCCAACGCAGGGCCCGCCGUCGUCUCACCCAACCCGGAGCACCACGAGAUGAUCUGUCCCGCCUCACUGAAGCCCUCCUAGCGAGGGCUCACCUCCACGGAUUGCGGCACAUCUGCUCUCCGUCAAACUCUCUCAGCCGACGGGCCUUUUGGAUGCUAGCCUUCUGUAUUUGUCUGGGUUUACUGUUGUCCUGGUCCUCGAAUCGGCUACUUCACUGGCUGGCCUUCCCCACUCACACAAGAGUCCACACAGAGUGGGCGAGAGAACUGCCUUUUCCCACGGUCACCAUCUGCAACAAUAACCCCGUACGUUUGUAUCACCUCACUAAGAGCGACCUGUACUUCGCGGGUCACUGGCUCGGACUGUUGCUGGCCAACCGCACGGCCAGACCCCUGGUGCUGGACCUGCUUCAAGAUGACAGACGGACAUGGUUUAGCAAGCUGUCAGAUUUCCGUCUUUUCCUGCCUCCACGGCGCUUCGAGGGCACCGGCUUGGAGUUCAUGGACCGACUGGGCCACCAGCUGGAGGAUAUGCUACUGGCCUGCAAGUACCGCGGAGAGCCCUGUGGAGCUCACAACUUCUCCACUGUG